UACACAUCGUCAUUGCCGAAGAUAUCAGACAAUUCAACUAUUCCAAUCUUAAAUGAAAUUUUAUCAUCGAAUCUGCAUUUAUCCCCGUCAGUCUCAUCCUCAUCUACACCACCGGCACCGCCAUCGAUAACGUCAACAACAUUCUCGUCUUCGUCAUGAUGUACAGUUAACCGUUGCUCGUCAUCAUCAUCAACAUCAUCAAUGCGUCCUGGUUUGUCUGUAUGAACUAUUGUAAAUGAAUUCUCACCAAGAUAUCUACAUGUUUUCG